AUGACCAACCAAUCUGUUGUAGUCGUCGGCGCAGGCCCUGUUGGCCUUUUCACAGCCUUGAUACUUGCUCAGAAUGGAAUCAAGGUGACCGUGAUUGAGGCAGAUGAAGGAAUUUCCCGUAGUCCACGAGCCGCAGUACAGCUCCCUUGCGUUAACCUCGAAUUCGCCAAGGCUGGAAUCAUCGAGGAGGUUUUCGAGUAUGGAUGUAAAAGCAAGCAUGGAUACUCUUGGCGAGAUGGAUACGAUACAACAAAAGUCCUCGCAGACUUCACGCCUCCACCAUCCGAUAAUCCCAAUCUCUGCGCAGCCAUGAUAGGGCAAGACGUCUUGUCGCAGAUUUUCCUCAAGCAUUUGAUCAAUACAGGAAAUGCGGAGAUCAUCUUCAACCACGCCUUCACUCGUGUUGAAGACCAUGGUGAUUCAGUUACCGUUCACGCUCGGCGUGUACUUGAUGAUCAGGAGCUCAGCUUCAACUGUAGGUAUGUCGUCGGAGCUGAUGGUGGCAAGAGUUCGGUUAGAAAGUGUAUGGGCCUGUCUCUCGAAGGCUACACCUGGCCAGACAUACGACUCAUUGCGGUCAACAUCCUCUACGACCUUGAAAAGUUGGGCUGGAAACAUGGUAACUUCAUCGUACAUCCUGAGGAUUGGGCUAUCGUUGUAAAACGAGGACCAAGAAACUUGUGGAGGGUUGCAACCAGCGUUCCAUUUGCUCAAGGCGCUGAUGGGGAGCCUAUUACUGACAAGGCUGUCUUCCCCGUCAUCAAAGAGAGACUUGCUAGGAUCUUGCCAGGUAACACUGAUGAGAUCAUCUACCUACAAACAGCUCCGUACACGAUUCAUCAGCGUUGCGUAUCGAAAUAUCGCGUUGGUAAUAUUAUGCUCGCCGGCGAUGCUGCCCACCUCAACAAUCCCGUCGGUGGACUUGGACUGACUACGGGUUUACUUGAUGCCGCUCAUCUGGGCAAAGCUUUAACGCAGGUUCUGAAUGAGAAUGCCCCAGAAACAGUACUCGAUGAGUACGCAAAGGCCAGGCGUGAUGUCUAUAAGAACGUCACGGAUCCAUUAUCGACUGCGAACCUGUUGAGACUGAAGUCUACUGCUCCUGAAGACGUUGCAACGAGGGAGGCGUUUUUCAAGAUGAUGAAUGAUCCGAAUGAGAAAGGCCAGUUGUUUGCUCAUAUGGCGAAGGAGAUGGGGUUAUCGACUACCUUGCAUAUGAAGGAUUUGGGGCCAAUGCCACAGCUGUGA